GUAGCAGCGCAGCUCAUCUGCAGAGAACAACCAUGACAGAGCAGCUGUAGUCAGCGAUGCUCGGACAACUCACGUAAAUGGCGCCGGUCAAAGGGAAAUUAAAGCAGCUCGUGCUGCUCUUCCUCGUCCUCCUCCCGCUCUCAGGUGUUUUUUGCUUUAGUGAGCUAUUUUUCAUCAAGGAGCCGCAUAAUGUCACCGUCAUGCGAAAGGAAGCUGUUAUUUUGAACUGUCAGGCGCAUGGAGAGGCACCCAUCGACGUCAGAUGGCUCAAGAAUGGAGUAAAAGUGAUGGAGAGCGAACGCGUGUAUCUUCUCUCCAAUGGCUCCCUUUACAUUUCAGAAGUGGAGAGCCGAAGAGCCGACAAAUCAGAUGAAGGGUUCUAUCAGUGCCUUGCUCAGAACAAAUAUGGAGCAAUUCUGAGUCAGAAAGCCCGUCUUACAAUCGCAAGUAUCUCCUCUUUUGCAAUCCAGCCGACACCCAUAGUGGUAACUGAAGGCUCAGUCGCCAGGUUUUCCUGCAAAAUCAGUGCCCACCCUCCUCCCAUCAUCACUUGGGAACUCAAUCGGGUCACAUUACCCCUUGCCACUGAAAGAAUCACAGUCCUGUCCAGUGGUGUUCUUCAAAUACAUGGGGUGCAGCGGGCAGAUGCUGGAAAUUACCGCUGCAUCGCCACCAACAUUGCCAGCCGCCGCCGCAGCACGGAGGCCUCCCUCACUGUCACCCCAGCUCUCAGCCCCCAGCUUCCCCAGAGGCCACGCAUCAUCACUGGGCCCCAGAACAUUUCAGUGUCCCUCCACCAGAAUGCCAUCCUGGAGUGCAUGGCCACAGGCAAUCCCCGACCCAUCAUCUCCUGGAGCCGAGCAGACAGCAAGUCCAUUGAUGUUUACAACACUAAAGUGUUGGGAAAUGGAAACCUCAUCAUCACAGACAUCAAGCCGAAGCAUGGAGGAGUCUACAUGUGCAGAGCCACCACUCCCGGCACGCGGAACUUUACAAUUGCCUCAGCCAACGUCACUGUGUUAGCACCCCCCUCUUUGGUGGAGUGGCCGGAGAGCCUGACCCGACCACGCGCUGGCACCGCCCGCUUUGUGUGCCAAGCUGAAGGAGUUCCAACGCCUCAAAUCACUUGGCUCAAGAACGGAGAGAGAGUUCACUCAAAUGGUCGAAUCAAGAUGUACAACAGCAAACUGGUGAUCAACCAGAUCAUACCUGAGGACGAUGCCAUCUAUCAGUGCCAGGCAGAGAAUGAGCAGGGAUCAGUCCUCUCCAUGGCGAGGCUCAUUGUGGUGAUGUCAGAGGAUCGACCGAGCGCACCCAGGAAUAUCCGAGCUGACACGGUGUCGAGCUCUGCGAUCCUUCUGGCUUGGGAGAGACCUCUGUAUAACUCCGAUAAAGUUAUUGCUUACUCGGUGCACUACAUGAAGGCUGAAGGAUUAAACAACGAGGAAUAUCAAGUUGUCAUUGGAAACGAUACGACUCGCUACAUUAUUGAUGACCUGGAGUCAGCUCGCAACUACACCUUCUACAUUGUGGCCUACAUGCCCAUGGGAGCCAGUCGCAUGUCGGACCACGUGUUCCAGCACACGCUCGAGGAUGUUCCCCUCAGAGCCCCUGAGCUCAGCCUCACUAGCCGUAGCCCCACAGACAUCCAGGUGUCUUGGCAGCCUCUUCCAGACAAGCUGAGCCGCGGCCGAGUCUCUGCUUAUCGUUUGUCCUAUCGCACCAGUGCUGAGAAUACAGUCUCACAGAUAGAGCUACCUGGAGAGAAGACGAAUCAUCUACUGGAAAACCUGCAGCCUGACACCAUCUACCUUCUGCGCAUCAAUGCUGCCACCAGCAUAGGGUUUGGUGAGCAGUCAGCCUGGACAUCUCACCGCACUCCCAAGGCAUCCAGUGCACGAGUACCUCUGGCUCCCGAGCUUCAUCUGGAGCCUUUGAACUGCACCACUAUCUUGGCGCGCUGGCAGUUGACGAGCAGAAACUCGGUCGGUGUGCAAGGCUACAGACUCUUCUACCAUGAGGAGAGCCAGCCGGAGAACGCCCCAAUUCAGCUGCGCGCCUCGGAUAAUACACACACCAUCGGAGGCCUCGAUCCAAGGAAGAAGUACCACGUUAAACUUCUGGCUUAUAAUUUCCUCGGAGAUGGCUACCAGGCAGACCAGACUAUCAGCACCCCUGGAUGUGUCUCUGUUCGAGAUCGAAUGGUGCCUCCUCCACCUCCACCACACAAUGUGUACGCCAAGACCAACAGUUCCACAGCCAUGUUUCUACACUGGGGCCGACCAGCCUUCACCUCCAGCCAUGCAGUCAACUACACCAUCCGCUGCAACCCUGUGGGCCUGCAGAACGCCUCCCUGGUGCUCUACCUGCAGACGAAUGAACAGAGCCUUCUGGUACGAGAUCUGGAGCCCAACACCAAGUAUGAAUUUGCUGUUCGCCUUCACAUUGAUCAGCUCUCCAGCCCCUGGAGCCCUGUGGUCUAUCAGAGCACUUUCCCUGAAGCUCCCAUGCUUCCCCCUUCCAAUGUGAAAGUAACUCUGAUUGAGGAGGAUACUGCGCUGGUUUCAUGGAAAUCCCCAGAUGAACUCAACAUCGCCGUGACACACUACACAAUCCUGUACGCCUCCAGAAAUGCUUGGAUAGCUGGAAAAUGGCAAGUGCUGCAAAGAGAAGGAUCUAUCACCAUGGCACUGCUGGAGAACCUGAAGCCUGGUCAGGUUUACCUGGUGAAAGUUUCUGCAUCCAACAGCAUGGGUGAUGGACCAUUCUCUCACACAGUGGAGCUGACAGUGUGGUCAGAUCUCUCCUCCGACCCUCGGCACUCCACAGGCUUUUCUGAUGGUUUCUACCACCUGGACCAAAAAUCAAUGACAGGGAUCACUGUGGGUGUCUGCAUUGCUCUCAUCUGCAUCAUCAUAUGCGCUUUCAUUAUUGUCUGCCGAGGCAAAAACAGGAAAUUUUCAGCUGCUAAAACUUACAGAGAAGGAGUGAGCACAUCUACCUCGGCUGCAGGACAGCUGGGCUCUGACGGACAAGCUGAGAACGCUGAUGUGACUGUGCCAAUGAUGAGUCAAAACCAUUUCAUUGAUGCAAAGGGUGGAACAAAUCUCAUUAUCAAUUACCUUGGUCCUGUCCAGCCCAGUGCUGAGAUGAAAAAGAAAUGGUUCUCCUUCAGCAAUAAUGUGACAAAGGACAGUAAAGCAGUACAGAAUAUGAGACAUGGCGUCGUCACCUACCAGCCGGGCACCACAAUGUUAACCUUCGAGGACGAGCUAGUUUCUCCGGACCUGCCCGGCACCCUGCAGGCCCUGCUCGGACACCGUGGCGACACAGAGGGAUCCUCUAACAGCGAGGGCAGCCACGAAACGGGGGACUCUGGUCGCUACUCUCACGACGAGACAGAGAUGACCAACCUGUCAUCUGGUGCCAGCAGCCGCCCGCCAUCUCUGACAGCAGAGGACAGCUUAGACUGCAGCGGCCCUGCUGAUGAACCCGACGAGCUAUCGGAGGAGAGUCAGGUGGACCUGAAGUUAACGGAGUCUGUUGAGAACGGCUGCUGUCACCACGAGGUUCAGAGCAGUUCUCAAUCCGCACUUUCUCUCUAAGUUUGUAGGAAUGUCUGAGUCCUUGUGCAUGUGUGCGUGUAUGCUGUAUGUGGAUGUGUGUGUCUGUAUUUGCAUGUGAGAGUGAGUGUGAAGAAGGUGGUAUUCAUUUCAGUUAUUUACACUCCAUGAAAGAAAUAUUAAAGGGGUAGUCCGGCCUUUAGGGAGUUAGGAUUAUCUACAUACAACAAUGUGGCAGUCACCAAGAUUUAAAAAAAAAAGAAAAAGAGAAGAGACUAACUCGCCACAGACAGAUUUGAAAAAUCAAUUCCUCCAUGUCACACUGCUGAAGUUAUUUUCUGUUGGAAGUUACCACAGGCUUGAAUAUGCGUAUGAGAGAGAAAGAAAGAGAGAGAGAGAGUUUUUUUUUCUUAACCACUAUAAAAACUGUUGGCAGUGAAGGUCAUUUCACUUCUUUUACGUCUUUGUUUUUCUUUUGAAUGUCUUUUUUUAAUUCUCUCUUAAGUUGUGUUUGUUUGUUUUUGAAAAGAAAAAUCUCACCCACCAUGAAUGUUCAAAGGAGAUUGUCAAAAAUGUGAAAAGUGACAUUUCUGACAUUAUUUAAGAGAGUUUUAUCACUGGAGCGAAAGGGAAGAGUGAGUCCUUGUCGCUGAUUAUCUACCUCGGUUUACCUCCGGGUAAACUUUCCACUGUAUAUUUAAUAACUACUUAUACCUUUGUUAUGUGAUGGGCUGCUUCAGCUCCAACACAUUUUAUACUUCCUGGUGACUUUCUUUCUGAUUGUCAUCCUGUUUUUGUCUUUUUCUCUUACUUUGUUCUGAUUUACCGGAUGGUGAGGGCACUGCAGAUUUUUCCUCGCUCCACCUGUGCUGUGGACUGAAGGAUGUAGAACACAUGAACAGUUUGUUAUUUAUAUCCUCAGAUGUCGCUGAGGUACUGAGCCAGUAUUAAUAAUAUUUUUUGUGUUCAUUUUCUCCAUUAUUGAGUAAUGGAAAGAAAGGAAAGAUGAAUGUCUAUGUGUCAGUGUGCAGCUGCCCUUGCUACUCCUGUUUUAUACUACCUCGUUUAACAAUUCAUUUUGUUGUCUCAUUGUUUUCCUAAACUCAGGGAAAAAGGUUUAGUACAUUUGAAAAGUCAUGUAGUGUUACAUGGUGAACUGACAGGGUAUCUUCUCAGUACUAAACUGUUGUAGUGUGUAAUUGCCGAGUAGAAUAUGCUAUGAAUGUAUCUCAGAUAUUGUGUGCCAGUAGCUCCGGUGCCCCCCCAUUCCCCCACCUCCACCAGAUGGAAUCCCCCCUCUGUAGUUUUGUUGACUUCUUCCUUUUUGUUCACGUAAAGAUUCACACCAGAAGUGCUUACAGUGGCAUGUCGGUACAGAAAAGCUUUACAAUUGGCCUUAAUGUGAAAAAUGCCCCUCACAUGCUGAAACCAAAGCCUAAUCUCUCUGAGGGAGAUGCUCCAUGUGAGGUUGCAACACAUGAAGAAUGAUUUUACUAUAAAAAGCAAUGGAAGUGUUUAAUCAGAGAUGAAAGUGAAGAAUUGAAUGAACACCAUGAAAAAUCUAUAUUUUUGUUAGAAGAUAUGUACUACUGAGUACACAUUGUAGUUUUGUUCCAAGUAGUAUUUUUGCUUUGCUGUAGAGUAGAUAAAGAUUAGCACUUGUCUGCCAAGUAGUUUUAUAUGAUCAGCCAAUGUGCAGCGGUGACUGUGACGCUAUUUACCCAAAGAGUUGUUUGCUACCCAAGUUUAUUUUAGUCUCUCAACUAAUCUCUGGCAGAAGGUUACUGAGGAGUGGUGAAAUAAUCAAAACACAUUCGACCAAAGAGUUUGAACGCGGCCUUGGAGAUCAGUUGAUUUGCUGCUCCACAAACGAAGCCUUGCACAUUAGUGGCCUUGACCUGCGACAAAAUGAGUGAAGAGAGUUGUGGGUUAAAUCUCUGGGAAAGUGCCGGCAGGAUUCACGGGCACUCAAUGACGAUGGAGUGACAAUUAAUAAUCAAUCUUAUGCACACAAACCAAAUUAUCCUGUCGCAGAAUUCCUCGAAAACUGUUGCAAACAGACGUCUGUACAUUGUAGGUGAAAAUAAUAAGCAUGAAAUACAGUAUAUUAUAUUGAUAGCAGUCUGUGUUGCAACAGUGCAGUCAUGUGUAAAUGUGCACCCACUGAUUUUUCACCUUGCGAAUGAAUUCAACAAAUUAAAAAGAUAAUUUUCAAGUUUGUAUUUGAGAUGUUUCCUGGUUAGAGCUAUAUAUAUAUAUAUAUAAAGUACAUUUUAAACAAUAAAUCUAUGGUAUAGUAUAUGAUUCUAUUAUUCAAAUUUACUGUUUGUAUUUUGAUAAAACUAUCCUUUACGAUGUCACAAAUGGUAACGAUUGCAGUUUUUAAUGAUUGUAUUGCAUACGAGAGAUUUCAGAAAGGUCAGUGGAUGUACGCGUGUUUUCACAAUGCUGUAUUUUUAAUCAGAGGAUUCUGCAAUGGAUUCAAUCAGGGGAAACUUUUGAGCUGAGAUGUGACACAAUCAGUUUAGCUUUCUUUCUUUUUUUUAAAAAAAGCAAACAACGUAAACCAAAGAUUUUUUUUUUAUAAGGUCACCGUUGCAUAUUGGAAUGAGAUUGGUUGUAAAGCAUCCUACCUUUGUGUGAAAUGUUGUCAGUUUCAGUGUUCUCUUACUCAUCUUACGACUGUAUCAUGCAUUGUACUAUAAGAACGCAGGUUGAAACGUCACUCUGUGUUUCUUAAUCAUUUAUUUCCGCAAAAUCAAGUUUGGCUCAUUUUUUAAUCUGUUGUUUUUCAAGAUAAAUGGAUUUUUGAUACAGUGGAUUCAUAUUUAUCUUUAAAAGGAGGAUACACAUUUCCAUUCUAACUCAAACCCUGUAAGGUAUUCAUAUUGUCUGUGUUGUAAGCUCUUUAAAGGCUCAACCCAGAAUCUGAAAACUGCACUCAUGCUUAGUUUGUGAACCAAAGACACUAUGUUCAUGCGACGUGAAGUAUUUUACCUGGGAUAAGAUACUGACCUCCUACUUCACAAUAACUACAGCUGCAGUGGAGUGCAGAUGAUGUUGGUGCCUCGUGUAGCUUAUGCAGAUACAGAAGUGGUACCUCAGGUUUUUAAUGUUUCAUAUUCCGUCGUUAGGUUCAGAUGAAAAACACUUAUUGUCUGUGAGACUGAGAGAACAAUAACAUAGAGAGGAACCAGGAUGUCGCCUGUUGCCUUUCAUUUCAGGAAUGGUGUUGUUUGAAUUGUGUUCCUGUUCGAGCAUGUGAAUUUAAAGGGAUAAAACACAGUCUCGUCUGUGUAUGAGCAGACUGGCUCUUUGUUCUCCCUUCUGCAGUAAUGUUGAAUUUAAAUAAUGUGCGGCGAAGCGCUGUGGGUCAUUUACAGUCAAACUCAGGGGGACCCACAGCUGCUCCUCCCUAAAGAGAAUGCAGGUGUCAACUCUUGAAAAUUGAAUGUACCUUUUUGUAAUUAUUAUGUUUUCUGUUAAUGUUUUGUUAUAUUUUGUCAGUUUGUCUUUGUCAGCAAAAUUACUUGCAAGUUGUUUUUUUGCCAAAAAUGUUUAGCUAGGAGAUUUUUAGAAUGUGGCAAAUUAUAAAAAGUCUGAAUAUCAGUUUAAAUAAUAAAGUACACAAAUAAGAGAA